AUGGGCGACCAGGGCCACCCGCACGGGGGGGGGGAACGACACCAAAGAGGGGGGGGCCGGGCACUGACGGCGCUGGCGCCUGGGCAGGAGGCGCUGCGGAAGAUCAUCACCACGCUGGCCGUGAAGAAUGAGGAGAUCCAGAACUUCAUCUACUCCCUCAAGCAGAUGCUGCAGAAUGUGGAGGACAACUCGGCGCGGGUGCAGGAGGACCUGGGGGAGUUCCAGUCGCUGUACGCGCUGCUGGACGAGCUGAAGGACGGCAUGCUGACCAAGAUCAAGCAGGACCGCGCCAGCCGCACCUACGAGCUGCAGGCGCAGCUGGCGGCUUGCGCCAAGGCGCUGGAGAGCUCGGAGGAGCUGCUGGAGACGGCCAACCAGACCCUGGAGACAGCCAACAACCAAGACUUCAGCCAGGCUGCCAAACAGAUCAAGGAUAGCGUGACGAUGGCCCCCGCCUUCCGCCUCUCGCUCAAGGCCAAGGUGAGCGACAACAUGAGCCAUCUGAUGGUGGAUUUUGCCCAGGAGCGCCGCCUGCUCCAGGCCCUCGCCUUCCUGCCAGUGCCCAGCACCCCCGAAAUCGACCUGGCGGAGUCGCUGGUGGCCGACAACUGCGUGACGCUGGCCUGGAGGAUGCCCGACGAGGACAGCAAGAUCGACCACUACGUGCUGGAGUACCGCAGGACCAACUUCGAGGGGCCGCCCCGCGCCAAGGAGGACCAGCCCUGGAUGGUGGUCGAGGGCAUCAAGGGCACCGAGUACACCCUGUCCGGGCUGAAGUUUGACAUGAAGUACAUGAAUUUCCGCGUGCGGGCGUGUAACAAGGCCGUGGCGGGCGAGUUCUCGGAGCCGGUCACUUUGGAGACGAGAGCAUUCAUGUUCCGGCUGGAUGCCAGCACGUGCCACCAGAACCUGCGGGUGGAGGAGCUCAGCGUGGAGUGGGACGCCACGGGCGGCAAGGUGCAGGACGUCAAGGCCCGCGAGAAGGACGGCAAGGGCAGGACGGCCUCGCCCGCCAACUCGCCCGCCAGGGUCGUGCAGUCCCCCAAGAGGAUGUCCUCGGGGCGCGGGGGCAGAGACCGCUUCACCGCCGAGUCCUACACGGUGCUGGGCGACACGCUGAUCGACGGGGACGACCACUACUGGGAGGUGCGGUACGACCGCGACAGCAAGGCCUUCGGCGUGGGGGUGGCGUACCGCAGCCUCGGCAAGUUUGACCAGCUGGGAAAAACCUCGGCCUCGUGGUGCCUCCACCUCAACAACUGGCUGCAGGUCAGCUUCAGCGCCAAGCACGCCAACAAGGCCAAGGUGCUGGACGUGCCCGUGCCCGACUGCAUCGGCGUCUACUGCAACUUCCACGAAGGGUUCCUGUCCUUCUACAACGCCAGGACCAAACAGCUGCUCCACACCUUCAAGGCCAGGUUUACGCAGCCGGUGCUGCCCGCCUUCAUGGUCUGGUGCGGCAGCUUCCACGUCACCUCGGGGCUGCAGGUGCCCAGCGCCGUGAAAUGCCUCCAGAAACGCAACAGCACGGCCAGCAGCUCCACCGCCAGCCUGCCCUAA